CGAGUGCGGCUCUGGACAUUCACGGACAUCCAUGCCAACAACAGACAAAAACGGGCCAGCGCACUAGUACUGCCAUACGCAGGAACCAUACCCCGAUGCAGCCGCCCACCGUCUGGACAGCUUCUGUUCUGCGGUAUGUGUCCCAGCUUUCGCGGACAGCUUCCCCGUCGGGUGCCUACGACGCCCGGGCAUGCAUAAGCCCUCUCCUCGUCGCCUGUCACGCCCGACUCGCCGCGAUCGCAUCUACCCCGCUCACGUCUACCCCGCCCCCACGUUAACCACUAUCUACCGCCAUGACAUCCUCGUUUGCAGCGGUCGCAGCAACACGACUGUGCGUCGGCCUCAUCUACGGCAUCGCGAACGUCAUCAUCCCCGUCCACCUACUCGCCUGGGAUUCGCAUUAACUCUGUACAACACGUUCGCACCGCUCCUGCCUGAAAGCCGUGUGGUACCAGAAGGCCGGCCGGGCGAGGGUGGGCUCUGGCCACGGUUCAUCCCUCCGAAAGACACGGACAGCCGGAGCUGCUGCCCGAUGCUGAACACCAUGGCGAAGCACGGCCUCCCUCGGGACGGGCGCAACAUCACCUUCCGCGAGCUCAGCAUCAGAGUCCGGGAGACGUCAGCUUCGCGGUCAGACUCAUCACGCUGCAGACGCGCUGAACCGCAACUACUGGACGGACAAGAUCGAUCUCAGUGCGCACAACUGCGUCGAACACGACACGUCCCUAUGCAGUACGUCCCCUUCACACAUUCAUCGAUACGACGACAGCUGACACACGGGUUCCACAACCCCGACCAGCCGAAACCCGCGCCGCAUCUCCGAAUCAAGCUCCUCGAGAGCGGGACAGGCCCGGGCGGCGACAUCACCGCGAGCGACCUUUCGCGCAUGCUCGGCAAAUGGCGCGCCCAGUCCAAGGCCAGGAACGGCCAGUACAGCCAGGCGAUGGUCCACAAGCUCUUCGGUGCCUCCAACGGCGCGACGUUGCUGACGAUCUGUGGCGGGUGGGUGAAGGACCUGUAACCCCCUUCCUCCUCGAGGAGUGCAUCCCGGACGGGUGACAGCCGCGCAUCCGGAAACCUGGGGGCCUCACCACGGCGUUCCAGAGCACGGUGCUCAAGGUCGAGCUCGGCAUUAAGGAGGAGGUCGAGGACGCCCUCCGGCUCUUGCGUAUAGGCAGCAUUCACGAAGACGCCAAAACGAAGUGAACGCGGUACACUUUGCGUUGACAAGAGGCACCGGACGCGCAUAUAGUCGCUCAUUCCGCAGACAGUGUAUGCCUUGAUAGACGUCGCAUACCGCAAAUUCGGCACGGCAUCAGCGAUGCGUGACUAGAGGAUCUCCGGAGCAU